GCCUGACUGCCAUCUCUCUUCCCCCAGUCCCCUCAGCGGAAGUAGACAUAUCUGUCUAUAUUCCGUUCUUUUAUUUUUAUAUAUUUUUUACAGCAACCCCUUUUCCCCUACACCUAGGACCAUGGACGCCAAGAUGGACGAUUAAACGGAAGAACGGGUCCCCGAUUUCACCCCCUUCAUUUAUCCUUGAAUUGAGUGGACCGGAUGAAAUCCAACUGUGGUUUUCUCCGCUUCGCAGGGGAGGUAGCUGUAUCCAGUGGGGAGGUAGGCUCAACCAGGGGAGGAAAGAAUGAAGUUCUUGGAACCCAGGGGAUGCCAGAGGCUGUCUUUUCUUUUGGAAAAGGCUGCCUCUAGGGAAGCCAAGAUGUGGAAGAUCUAUGUGCCAAAGAAGCCCUCCUCACAGGAUACAGACAUCUCCCCGGCACAGCGGGAUGAGGCCGUGCGCUGGUUGACGGAGCUUCACAGCAGACUGCUGCUGUACCCAGAGACUCUGGUGUUAGCAGUCAGUAUCCUGGACCGCUUCCUCGCUUCCAUCAAGGCCCGUCCAAAGUACCUACGCUGCAUUGCCAUCGCCUGCUUCUUCCUGGCUGCUAAGACCUGCGAGGAGGAUGAGUGUGUGCCCUCUCUGAAGGAGCUGGCUUCUUCCAGCAGUUGUGGCUGUUCUCCAUCAGAGAUCUUGAGGAUGGAGAGGAUCGUCCUGGACAAACUGAACUGGGAUCUGCACACCGCCACAGCACUGGACUUUCUGCACAUCUUCCAUGCGAUAGUGUUGUCAUGUCGUCCUGGGUUUUUGGACUCCAUGUUGGGACUGAACUGCUCUCAACACCUCGCCCAGCUCACACGCCGACUCUACCACUGUCUGGCCGACCACGCACUCAUACCGCUCAGAGGAUCCAUGCUGGCCUUGGCCCUCAUCAGCCUGGAGCUGGAGACCUGGUGUCCUGACUGGCUGGCUCUCACCAUCGACCUGCUAAGGAAGGCACAGAUCGACAGUUCUGAUUUGAUUCGGAGUCGAGAGCUGGUGGCUCAUAGUCUGUCCACACUGAGUGCUUCCCUGCCUCCAAACACUGUCUAUAUCUACCAACCCCUGCAGAGCCACACCACCCUGCAGCAGGACCCCACACUCCUCUCCUGCACACUGGGGAUCAUCACCUCCACCACUGAGUCUUCCAGGGACCACACCCCUGUCACCGCCGCCCCUGCCCAACCCCAGACACCAGCUGGUGGGGAGGAAGGGAGCCAAGAGCCCUGGAGCUCUGUCCCCACCUCCUCCAACAACAGCAGCGACAUCCCAGCUUUCCUUUCUCCAACCAAGCACCACCAUCUUAACCACCUGCAGAAGGUCACACUGCGCUGCAAGGCCUCCACCAAACGCAAGGUGGAGGAGAUGGAGGUGGACGACUUCUAUGAUGGCAUCAAACGCCUCUACAAUGAAGAUGUCACCACCAUUGUCCAGGAGGGGGCAGCACCCGUGUCAGGAGCGAUAACAUCAGGUGGAGGAGUUGGAGGAGGCCUGGGUGUCUGCAGUGUCCUGUUGUCCCAACAGGAAGGCAGCUCCUAUCCCUGCCCGCCUCUGCAGCCAGUCAGCGCCUCCUAGAGACCAAUCAUGAACCUGUUUACCAAAACCGCCUUCACACUGACCUCAUCUUCCUGUUUCACUUUCAAAUUAAAGUCCUCAAAUCAAACCUUUGGCAAUACCGAUAGGCAACAAAGUCAGAGAAAGAGGAUGAUUUUGUUCAGUGUUACCAUUUGCAUAACAAAGCAAUAUAAAGGCAGCUCCUCUCGAAAUGUCGCCUGUCAGAGUUGCCAAAGGAAAAUUCUCCAUUCGGUCACUGCUUUUGAUGAAACAUACAGCGAAAGAGGUUUCAGUGGUUAAGAUGGUUUUGGUUGCAGUGCGAAACGACCCCAGCGUGACUCCGAGCUGUCCAGCUGUCCUGAGGUCAGGCUCCUUCAUCCCCCACAGCCGGUAAAACAGAGCCCAAAAAAAGUUAAACAUUCAAAAAAAUAAAAAACCUGCUGCUACUACUAUUUUAUUAAUUAUAUUUGUGGAACACAAAUACAGUAAAGUAAAGAAAAGGUUUAAAAAAAAUUACAAAUAAAAAAGUUACCUUCAAAAAAACAUCCUAGAAUUGACUUCUCUACCCCCGUGUCUCACUCAUCGUCAUUGUUUGUCAACUUAUAUUUGUUGUUCAUAUCUUAAACUUUUUUCUUUCUUCUCAUAUUCAUGUUUUCAUUCUGUCUUCCUUUUCCUUCCUCACUCUGCAUGAUUUCACCUCUGUAACUUCUUCAUGGAGUCUAAAUCAAAUGUAUGAAUGUUUCUAUAUGGACGAUUAUCUGUAUUACUCACCAGAUAGAAUUUUUUUUUUUUUUUUAGUGAAGUGCAAUUUUUUGAUUGUUGAUAAGAUGCUAAUAUAAACGUCCCUCCUAUGAAUCCCCCUGUUUUUCCCUCUCAGCUUGUUGUGACUGCUUGACUGAAUGAAAGUUUCUCAGGUUGUUUUAUUCACUCACAGUCUAAAGAAAACUCUCUGAAGCUGCAGCUUAUUAUGAUUAUUUCCCAGUGACUAACAUGCAUUCAUCUAAGACCUUAGAAAGUCUUGCUUGUGAGGACUUGUUGGCAUGACAUCUGCAAGAAGAAACUCAAGCUGCUUAUGUAUUGUAAUAAAACAACCUUGGAUUAUUUAAAGCAUUUUAAUAUUAAGCUAAGAGACAUAAAUGUAGUUUUUGAUUUGGAGCCUGAGCUACAGAAGGAGGAGACGAGUUACAAUCUUCACUUCAAUGUUCAAAACAAAUAUCUCAAACAACACGCUCUGUUUUUAUCUCUUCAAGUUCUGUCUAAUAUAUUUUUUAAUUUCCUGCAAAAAGCUCUGUUGUUCCUGCUGUGGGAGCUGCUGGUGGCUGCUUCAGGUCCCUGAACGCAACGCAGCACCGAUAAAUAAAGAGUACGAAAACUGA